AUGAACUUGUCUGCCAGCCUCCGGAGCUGCUUAGCGCUGGGCUUGCUGCUGCUGCUGGAGCAGGUUCUGGGCGCUCCCCAGGCGCUCGCAGCCCCAAACCAAGAGGUCUGCUUGCUGCCCCCAGAGGAAGGUCCCUGCCGGGCUCUCAUCCCGAGGUGGUACUACAACAGGUACACUCAGACAUGCCAGGAGUUCACUUACGGGGGCUGCGAGGGCAAUGCCAACAACUUCCGAAGCUUGGAAAGCUGUGAGAAAAGCUGCUGGAUGAUCCGGAAAGUGCCCAAAAUAUGCAGGCUGGAGGCUGAUCCAGGACCAUGUAGAGGUUACCUAAAAAGAUAUUUCUUCAACCUGAGUUCAAUGAAGUGUGAGAAAUUUAUCUAUGGUGGAUGCUAUGGAAAUGAUAACAACUUCCAAGAUGAAGAUUCUUGUGUGGACUACUGUUUGCCUCAGAAAACUGGCCCCUCAUUAUGCUAUAGCCCAAAAGAUGAAGGAUCGUGUUCAGCUUCUGUGACCCGCUAUUACUACAACUCAAAGAGUCAAUCAUGUGAAGAGUUCAGCUAUACAGGUUGUGGUGGAAAUGCCAAUAACUUUGUUAAUGAAAAAGAUUGUUACAGUAUCUGCAAGAAAGCAGGGAGUAAGAAACCAAGUUUCAAAAAGUCAAGAAAUAAACUUCCCAAGACUAUGAGAAAACUACAGGAAAAAAUCUAA